AUGGUCCUAGAGCAACAAAAGGCUAACAGCCUGAGCACAGGUCUAAGAGACUCCAAGCCAAUUAAUGAACUGUGCAGCCUCUCUGCUGAAAUCAGAGAGCCCACAAGCAGGGCUUCAGGAGUUUGCAGCAGUAAUGAGACUACUCAGGCUGUUUUCUGUAAGUUUGUGAUUCUGCAUGCUGACAAUGUUGCAGAUGAAUCCAUCCAGAUCCAGAACCUGCUGCAGAAUAAAUCUUGUGUUAAAUCUGGAAAAAUCUUUGCAGAGAUACCUUGUAGUGAACGUGCCUUGGAAAACUUAAGUGAUGCUGUGAAUGGCUCAGCAUGGACUAUUAUGCUACUGACAAUUUUCUGAAUGGAUCAGAAAUUUGUGUUUCAGUCUUACACUGCCUUUGCCAAUGCUCUUAACAGCAUAAAUUAAAACUCUGUGAUACCUGUGAUGCCACUGAAUAACCCACUUGCCCAAGAGAAGACCUUUUUUUUUUUUUUCCUUUUUUUUGCUUUGCAGGCUGUUAAUGCACUGUAAGAGGAUAGUCCUGGCUUUGCAAAACAAGUGGAGAAAAUUUUCCAGGAGUCUACAUAG